AUGCUCAUAUUCAGCAACGAUUGGCAAGAAGGAACUGAACUGGUCUUUGUGAGAAUACUGAGACAGGGGGAAACGGUUUUAAAACCGAGGAGGGUCGAUUUGGAUGCACCAUGCGCGAAAGCGUCAAUGGAAUUCGCAAUUCUGUUCAACUCGAUGGCACGAUUAAGUUACGAGUCGACUCGUCUCACCUCGAGAGACGGCCGCCACUGCUUGCUGCUUUUGAACAGGUUUCCCGUGCACCUCGGCGAUUUUAAUCUAGAAUUGAUUUUUGUCUAUUUUGGGUACCGGCCGACAGUAUGUGGAACGGACAAGAGUGCGUGGCUGUGUCUGCACUGCGGGGCGAUCCAUUGCGGCCGUUACGAGGCGGGACACGCGCUGCAGCAUCAGGAAAAAAAUACUCAGCACGCUGUGUGCAUAGACUGUGAAAACCUGGCUGUAUUCUGUUACAUCUGUGACGAGUACGUGGUCAACGACAGCAACAACGGCGUCAUCGAGGCUGUUCGACGGAAUGCCUUCCGCAAGAGCGAGCUCAAGGAGAACGACGAGAGCUGGAGCACCUCAACCCCAUCCCCACCUGGCCCUGAGAAUGGAGAUUCCUCGGCUGCGGACGCCCUCUGGAAGGCGGAAGUCGUCGUUCGGAACCUCAGGCCCAGGACCCGGAAAAGACUGCACUCGUUGGAUGGUACCAGCGGGGACAACAGGCCUGCGUCGAAGCGACGGAAUUCUAAAAAUACCAAAGAGAAGAAGGUCGUGGGCCUGAGGAAUUUGGGUAACACCUGCUUCAUGAAUGUCGUGUUGCAGUCGUUUAAUAACAUUAGCCACUUUUGCGAGUAUUUGACGCAGAUGCCGAGCUUGGAAGGCAUCGCCUUUGACGAGCCGCCCACUCACAGAGGGCGAAUUGUUGCUCCAGGCAGAGCCAAGGAGUUGAGCGACGCUCUUCUGGCUGAAGAGUUGCGGAAGGUCCUUCUGGGUUUGAGUCUGGGAGGUUCGAAUGGCCAGGCGAUUUCGCCCGAGUGUCUCUUCCUUGUCAUUUGGAAAGUGGUGCCACGUUUUAGGGGCUACCAGCAACAGGACGCGCAUGAAUUCCUGACCUAUAUGCUUGACAGGUUGCACACAGAGCUUUUGCAGUUGCUGCCGAGACUUGGGCACGAACCGCUCGGCCUGCGUGGAAAGCAGAGUAUUGUCACGGCAGUUUUUGGUGGCACGCUACUCAGUGUGGUUCAUUGUAUGAACUGCCGUACCGACUCGAAAACGCACGAGGCCUUCCAGGAUCUCUCUCUGGACAUUCCUGACAGAUUACAAAGACGAACGAAGGAUCAGGAAGAAGUUUGCAGUCUGACUUACAGUCUGACGAGAUUUUUCAAAGUGGAAGAACUCGCAGAUAGUGAGCUUUAUUUCUGUGACAACUGUAUGGGAAAGCAGCGCUCUACCAAGAGGUUCUGGAUUCAUAGGCUACCUAAUGUGUUGUGCCUUCACAUUAAAAGAUUUAGGUGGUGCAAUUCGUAUCGCUCAAAGGUGGACACGCAGGUUGACUUCCCGAUGGAGUCACUCGAUAUGUCGGCGUUCACCGUGCAUGGGGUGACGGGGGCGAAGCUCACUGCUCAGAAUAGUUAUCUUUAUGACCUAGCUGCCGUCAUUGUUCAUCAUGGUUCAGGAGCUGGAACGGGACACUAUACGGCUUUUGCCGUACAUGACGGUCAGUGGUUCCACUUCAAUGACAGUUCCGUGCGACCAGCGAGUGCCGACGCCGUCGCAAAAUGCAAGCCUUACAUUCUAUUCUACGUGCGAAAGGAGUUCUCCAUUCCGCCUCCAUUGUGACGACGCUUCCCAGAGACGACCCGUUCUGCCCUCACCCAUCGCGACUCGUCUUCGAGCAAAGCGACGAUGAUCAUGGAAACAAUAUGUGGCCCCACGUUUUCGCGAACUUGAAUCAUUGUCGGACUUUACUCGGGCGACCGACGUGCUCCAUACACGCAUCCAGAGGAGGAGGAAGUCAAGUUUGUUAGGUCUACGGAUGUAAAACAAUUGAAAUCACCACUAGAAUCGUUCAACAGUUCUCAUAAUCGUAGCCUUUCCGCUUGCGUUUCAAAAAAGAAAAAAGAAAAAGAAUAACCCUCCUGUGGUCUUUAUUGAGCAUCGGUUCUCGAAGAUCGGUUUAUUGUUCACCUGUCUCAUCUCACUCGCGGGUUUGUCGCCCCGUUCCGUCCUGUUGUUCCUCGAACGAUUUCACGCCAGCAAUUAGAAGUUUCUUUUGCAAUCUGCUGACAUCACCUACCCUGAAACUUCAACCGGAUGACAACAUUUCUCUGAAACUUUGCCUGGUUUCUUCUCGAAAACUGCUUUUCUGACCUAGUUUGGAAUUAUGUAAAUAUAGUUAGUUAGGGAUUUAAUGAAUUAUGCAGAAAAAUUCUACCUUAGUCUU